AUGCUGGUCCCGGCACCAUACCAGGUGCCGGUGAAAGAGGACAAUGAGGAGAGCAGGAAGGCAAAAGGUAGCCUCCAUUCUGAAGGUACACUAAACACUGUGUCCGGGGAGAUUAAGGCUCCCUCUUCCGAAGACAAAAGAGAAGGAGAAGCUGACAUCCUUUUUCCCCAUGGUAAGAGAAGGGCCGCCUCCGAAGAUUGGGAGGUAAAGGCUCCUAAGCGAGGUCUGAAGCAAAAACUUGAUGUGGCGGAUGACGACAUCACGCUUAUUAACAGGCGGUUCGACGAGGCGCAAGAUAGUGCUGCCGCGGUGGAGACCCUUCGGGCUGAACUUGCCCGAGCCAAGGAGCAAGCCUGGAUGAGUAAUGUGGCUGCCAAGAAGGCAGCUGAUGAGUUAAAAGCAGAGCAGGCUGCUCGGCGCCAGUGCAAGGAGAGAAUGUCUACUAUGGCGCGCGAGCUAAAAGAAGCCACUGUCCGGUGCAAAUUUCUCGAGGGGGAUAACAAAGCCAAAGCGGCCUACCUCGACAAGGCCUUACAAGAGGCGGGCACCCACGUCGUGCCAACCAAGCCGCCCGUGCCCGCCCCCUCGGCGAAGGCGGCGAAACGGAUGGGGAAGGCGGCGAAGCCCGCCAAGCCGGCAACCUCCACUGCGGCUGCUCCCAAGCGCAAGGAGAAGCAGCUUGCAAGCCGCAAGCGGGGGCAGAGCAUACCGCGGGCCUUGCUCGACGACGCGGAGGUGAACAUUGGGUCUCCUCCACUUGCUUCCUUCGACUUCCAUGUUGACGAGCUGGCGGGUGAGGAGGAGGAAGAAGAUGAAGAUGUCACCGAGAUCGGAGAGGAAGCGUUUGAAGCGGGAGGUGGUGCUCGAAGGCCAAUUCGCACGGCGAACUACACGGAGGUAGAAGAUGUCCUCUUGGUCAAGGCUUGGUCGCAAGUGGGGUUGGAUGCGGUCACCGGCACCGAUCAAACUGGGAAACGUUAUUGGCAACGCAUUGAGGACAGGUAUUGCAAGUUGAAACCCAAGACUGCCACAUUGAGAGCUCGUUCUUACAGAUCGCUUCAAGGCCGGUGGGAGUUGAUGAAACCCGCUUGUGCUCGUUGGAGUGCGGCUAUGGAUCAAGUGAGGGAUCAACCCCCAAGUGGUUGCGUUGAGAGUGAUUAUGAGAAAUAUGUCGACUUGAGGUACAAGGACAUGGCCGGUUCCAAGGGCAAAUCCUUCCCAUUCAAGCAUUGUUGGGCAUUGCUCCAACAUCUUGACAAAUGGAAACUGAGGGAUCAAGAGAGUGCACCGAAGAAAUCGGAUAUGCUCAAAAUGGAUUAUAGUGAUGAAGAAGGAAGAAAUCAUGACAAGCCCGACGGAACCAAGAAGGGAAAAGAAAGGAUGAAGAUGGAAGCGGAGGCAUCAAGCUUGAGGGAAAAGAUUGAUCAAAUGAUCAAGUCAAAGGAGACAUUGACAACGAAGGCAUUGGAGACAAAGCUUAUUAUCACCGAGAGAAAGAAAGAGGUGAAACUUGCACAAUUGGAAGCAAGGCGAGAAGAUGCCAAGCGCAAGGCCGGCAUGGAGGAGAGGAUGAUCAAGCUCAAGGACGCAAAAGCAUGGAAGGAGCUCAUGGCCGAGGAGAAGGAGCACAUGAUGAUGUCUAGAAAGGACAUGGAUGAAGAGCAAUUGGCGUGGUGGAAGGAGUACAAGGAGAACAUCGCGGACAGGAAGAGGCUACUGUAUGGUGCUGGUGGUGGUGCGUCGUCUACUCUCCGAGGUGAGUCUCCGAUGAGUGGUGGAGGCGAUGGAGGUGUGGACAACUUCACCGGUGCUUGA